ACAGGAAGAGAAGCCAGAUUGACGGAGGAAAUUUGUGUUGGUUUUCCUUUACUUUCUCUCUCCUCCGUUCAAUUUUCUCUCUCUACAUCGGAAUAUUUCAUGGACAUCCGUCGAAGACCCCCCGAACCCUCUAUUCCUCAUCACCACCAUCAAAUGCCUCCGCUGCUGCCGACACCUUCGCCCGCCGCCGCGAAGGCUUCUGAUGCACUCCCUCUCCCUCUCCCUCUGAACAUUACCAAUUGUUUCUUCUUCACGCUUUUCUUCUCCGUGGCAUACUACCUACUCAACAGGUGGCGCGACAAGAUCCGGACCUCCACCCCUCUUCACGUACUCACUUUCUAUGAGCUCGCUGCCAUUUCGUCCUUCAUCGCCUCUUUUAUUUAUCUAUUGGGAUUCUUUGGUAUUGAUUUUGUUCAGUCUUUCACUUCUCGCUCCUCCAACGACGCUUGGGAACUCGAAAACGAUGACGAACAGAUCUUCUUUCGUGACGAGGAUCGUAAGAUCCAUUGCCCUGUUCCCUCAUUAAUUACGAACAAACCCGAAUCAAUGGAUAUUUCAGUUACGCCCUUACCUUUGAAAGAUGAUGAAGAGCUUGUAAAAUCUGUGGUCUCGGGCGGAAUCCCUUCAUAUUCAUUGGAAUAUAAACUCGGGGAUUGCUUCAAAGCAGCCUCAAUCAGGCGCGAGGCGUUGCAGAGGCUGACAGGAAGGUCUAUCGAGGGACUACCGUUGGAGGGGUUCGAUUAUGAUUCGAUAUUGGGGCAGUGCUGUGAGAUGCCGGUGGGUUAUGUGCAGAUUCCGGUGGGGAUAGCAGGGCCUCUGCUGCUCAAUGGGUGCGAUUACUCAGUGCCAAUGGCCACCACGGAAGGAUGCCUUGUGGCCAGCACAAACAGGGGUUGCAAAGCUAUCUUUGCUUCUGGGGGUGCCACUUCUGUGCUCCUCAGAGAUGCAAUGACCAGAGCUCCAGUGGUCAGAUUCGCCUCCGCAAAGAGAGCAACGGAGCUGAAGUUCUUCUUGGAGGACCCGCUCAAUUUUGAUACCUUGACUGUUGUUUUCAACAAGUCUAGCCGAUUUGCAAGACUCCAAGGUAUUCAGUGUGCUAUUGCUGGGAAAAAUCUUUACAUACGAUUUAGCUGCAGCACUGGUGAUGCCAUGGGGAUGAACAUGGUAUCUAAAGGUGUUCAGAAUGUUCUGGACUUCCUUCAAAAUGAUUUUCCAGAUAUGGAUGUUAUUGGUAUUUCUGGGAAUUUCUGUUCUGAUAAGAAACCUGCAGCAGUCAAUUGGAUUGAAGGGCGCGGAAAGUCAGUUAUCUGUGAGGCAAUUAUUAAUGGAGAAGUAGUGACAAAGGUAUUGAAAACCACUGUACCUGCCCUCGUUGAGCUUAACAUGCUCAAGAACCUCACUGGCUCUGCAGUUGCUGGUUCUCUUGGUGGCUUUAAUGCCCAUGCUGCCAAUAUUGUUUCUGCAAUUUUCCUAGCCACAGGACAGGACCCAGCACAAAAUAUCGAAAGUUCUCACUGCAUCACUAUGAUGGAGCCUGUCAACGAUGGCAAGGAUCUUCAUGUCUCUGUCACCAUGCCUUCCAUUGAGGUCGGCACAGUUGGAGGUGGAACUCAACUGGCUUCACAGUCUGCUUGUCUCAACCUUCUUGGCGUGAAGGGUGCAAGCAAGGAGUCCCCAGGGUCAAACGCUCAGCACCUAGCAACCAUAGUUGCCGGUUCUGUUUUGGCCGGGGAGCUCUCUUUAAUUGCUGCCGUUGCAGCUGGUCAGCUGGUUAAAAGUCACAUGAAAUACAACAGAUCAAGUAGGGAUGUGACCAAACUUGGCUCAUAGGGGAGGAGAACUCCCAGCAUCUCUAUUGCAUGUGUGUAAAAAUCUGUCAAAAGGCUGGAAGGAAGAAUGGAACUGAUGAGGACCCAAGGAAGGAUUUCAAUGUGUGGCUGCGGCUUGUCCUAGCUGGAAGCCUGGAAGUUAGUGAGCAUGUUAAAUGCUAGAACUUUUAAUGCUUUAUCUGCGUUCUCAUUUUGUAAAGGUUGAAAUUUUUUGAAUCGUGUAGAUGACUAAUGCAAUUUGAAGUUGGUUUAGGUGUGUAAUCCUUCGAAUUAUGCUUAGGAAAUUGCUUCUUGUACAUAACUAUUUAAUGAUAGAACUUUAAUGCUU